GCGCAUCCACACACCCAAGCUGGACCAGGAGAGCUCGCCUAGUUCCAUGCCAUGUCUGUCAGAUGCCACCCUCGAAUUCUCACCAUCAGCGGGGAAACCAAGUUAAAGCCUUAGCCUAUAUGACCAGCCUCCUCUAAUCGACACCCAGAUAUUUAGUGAUCCAAAGGACUGUGAAUGCAUUCAUGGGCACCACAUGAGAUAAAAAAUAAGCCCAGGUGCAGAGUUUAUUACUAACUUUGGAAACAGACUGGUUUCAAUAUGCCUUGGAAAUAUGGAUUCCUUGUUCUUACACUAUUCGUCUUCACUCUCCAAGCCACAGGAAUUAAAGAGAGGAAUAAUCGGGGCUCUUGGCAGAGAGGAGUUAUCGGGACAGAAACAGAAGCCAUCAAUUCUAUGCACUUGGUUGAACUUUUGAGAACGACCAAACAAAACUCUAAUGUCAGAACGAUAUUUGACCUAGAAAAGCAUCGGACAAAGAGGUCAGCGGUCUUUCACUCUGGAGUGAGAGUCUGUCCUCAGGAGACCAUCAAUGAGGUCAUCGCCAGCCAUCAAGCCUACUACAAGCUCAGAGUUUGUCAGGAGGCUGUGUGGGAGGCCUUCCGGAUCUUCUAUGACCGGAUCCCUGGACCUACAGAAUAUACAACUUGGGUUCACACAUGUCAACAUGAGUCUCUGUGCCUCUCUGACCUGGCCAGUAACUUCAGCAACUCAGAGGAGCACAUGAGUAUGGUGUACAGGAAGAUGAACCUGGGAGAUGAGAGGCAGUCGACUAGAAUGGUAGCAGCCACAACCACAGCAGCAUCGGAGGUCGCUGAUAUAACAGGUCCAGAGGAGGCCCAGACUGCAACACCAGAACCACCUGCUCCUGUAACCAGCGUUGCCAGCGUCCCUGAUGCUCCUGAGGUUACAGUUGAAGAAGAAACUGCGGAGGAGGAGGACUCUGAGCUGCCCAAUGUUGUCCCAGAGCAGCCUGUGGAGGAGAUAGUGGAGUUCAGCAUUGACCUCGUGGACCCAGGCUACAAGGAACUACUGGACGACCCUGACUCCCCCCAAUAUGUUGACCUCUCUCAUCACCUGCAAGACCAGAUGCUCCAUGUUUUUGACAAACUCCCAGGAUUUAAAGAUAUAAAUGUUUUGGGAAUCAGCGAGACCCAGGAGAGUGACGGACCUGGAGCAGUGACAGUGCACUAUUCCCUGGUCUUUGAGACAAUUUCAACAGAAGUUUCAGAGGAUGACACAGGGACUCCAGUGUCAGCUGUGCCCAGCCUGUGGGAAAGGGUGGCCAAGGCUUUGAGUGAACAGGCCUCUCUGCCAGUGGAUCUACAGUCAUUAAACUUUGAACCAGUAAAAGUGAUUCCAUUAACUACAAGACGUAUUGAGGAAGCUGUUGAGGAAGUGAUUGAAUAUUCCAGUGCGCCAUCAAUCCACAAUGACCUGGAAAUAGCCAUAGAUGAGCCAGAGAUUGCUGGGGAGAAGCCUCGUCUGGAUGUUCCACUCGGCCCUGUGGAAAAGAAAAAUGCUCUCGUCACCCUCCUGGACUCUACAGAUGACGAAGAAGAAGAAGUAGAAGAAGAAAAAGCCCAACCAGAGAGGGGUGAUGUGCCUUACAUCUACGAAGACGUUGAUGAGAAUGAGUUUAAAGCAACAGCUGAACCAGAGGAAGAGGUGCCAUUUAUCACACACAUGAUUGAAACCAUCCAUGCCAUUGAUGAGGGAACUGGUGAGCUUGUGAGAGACUAUUUCCCAACCCCUCCUGCUGAGGACUCUGCUGCUGAGCCCAGCGUUCCAGAGGAAUACCCUGAGCCACCUUUUGGCAAUUUAGUCCCUACUAAUGGGUACCUUGUCUUACCCCCUGAGGGUUUGGAUAUUACCUCCGUUCCUGAAAUAGAAAGUAUAGAAACUGAUGCUCCAGCUGAACUCCCUCCUAACUUGAUAUCAGAGGAGAAGGCUGUUGUUGAGGAGGAGGCAGAGCCUACUCCAACCCCUCAGAUUCUGCUCCCCACAGUCACUGAAGAGCUGUCUGACCCUGGAUUACGUGUAACGACUCUCUCAGCCAUCACAGAUCAGCCUACUACUGAAGCAAUAGAGGACCUUGAAGUUGAGGAGAAUCUUAUUCUGAAUGAAGAGGAAGAAGAUGAGGAACCUGAGGAAGAGGUAGUUGAGCAAUCGGGACCUGAGGAAGAGGUAGUUGAGCUAUCGGGACCUGAGGAAGAGGUAGUUGAGCAAUCGGGACCUGAGGAAGAGGUAGUUGAGCAAUCGGGACCUGAGGAAGAGGUAGUUGAGGUCUCGGAACCUGAGGAAGGGGUAGUUGAGGUCUCGGAACCUCAGGAAGGGGUAGUUGAGGUCUCGGAACCUNAGGAAGGGGUAGUUGAGGUCUCGGAACCUCAGGAAGGGGUAGUUGAGGUCUCGGAAUCUCAGGAAGGGGUAGUUGAGGUCUCGGAACCUCAGGAAGGGGUAGUUGAGGUCUCGGAACCUCAGGAAGGGGUAGUUGAGGUCUCGGAACCUCAGGAAGGGGUAGUUGAGGAACCUGAGGAAGAGGUAGUUGAUGUACCAGAACCUGAAGAAGAGGUAGUUGAGGAACCAGAACCUGAGGAAGAUGUUAAUGAACCACCAGCAGAAGAAAUUAAAAUCAUCCAACCUCUGGAUUCUGCAGAGGACACUCUCUUUGGAGAGGAAAUGUAUCCUGUUGAAGAGGACAAUAUUGUGCCAAUAGAAGACCAGUCACCUGAGGAGGACAUGGAGGAACAAUUGCCUGAAUUCCCCGGAUAUGAGGACAUCUACCCUGACGAAGCUGUUGAUACUGUGGACCAAUCAGAUCAUUCACCAGAGGUCAGUGAAGUGGAAUUGGCUCCAUUGCCAGGGGACAGGGAAGUGGAGAUAGCAGUGACAGCAGAACCCAUCCCAGACUCUUCACCAACACCACCUGCAAAAUCUGACACUGUGCCUGAGGUAGAUGAAACAGAGUCAGCUUCAGAGUUACAGCCUAUGGAGGAGGAUGCCGAGGAACCUGAGGUGGUUGUUAUCGAUGAAGAGGAGGCUGAAGAGGAGGUCAUAGAUGUCUCGGAACCUGAGGAUGAGAUCGUGCAAGACCUUGCAGACGAAUUUGACCAAAUGGACCUGGUGAGCACAGAGGCCAUUGAUCUUCCAGAUGCCAGUGGAUACCCAUUGGCUCCCGAGGAGCACCCCUUCGAGACCACAGCGUCUCCACCACUGAGAUACCUGACCACGCCCUCCAUGACCACGGCCAGUAAAGGAAGGGAGCUGGUAGUGUUCUUCAGUCUACGGGUGACCAACAUGAGGUUCUCAGAUGACCUCUUCAACAAGAGCUCUUCAGAAUACAGAUCCCUGGAGAACACCUUUGUGGAGCUGCUGCUGCCUUACCUGCAGUCCAAUCUAACGGGAUUCAAGAAGCUGGAGAUUCUCAACUUCAGGAACGGCAGCGUUGUUGUCAACAGCAAGAUGAAGUUCUCCAAGUCAGUUCCAUACAACGUGACCCAGGCCGUCCACUGUGUCCUAGAAGACUUCUGCAAUGCUGCUGCCAUAAGCCUCAACAUUGAGAUUGACAGUCACUCUCUGGACAUAGAGCCGGCUGAUCAAGCAGAUCCCUGUAAGUUCUUGGCAUGCAACGACUUCUCUCGCUGUGUGGUGAACCGCUGGUCUCGGGAGGCCGAGUGUCUGUGUGACCCGGGCUACAUUACAUUGGACGGUUUGCCCUGUCAGAGUAUCUGUGUCCUGCAGCCUGACUACUGCCAAAACGGGGGUCAGUGUGAGAUAGUGCCUGGGCAUGGAGCCACUUGCAGAUACCCAGACAAGUCUUCCCGGCAUGACAAGUUAAUAAAAUAGAGGGUUGAAUGACAUCAACACUACGUAUUGGGACAUGGCGACUGCAGAAGACAGCGUUUGGAUCACUGCAGAAGACAGCGUUUGGAUCACUGCAGAAGCAACACAGGACCGUUUAUAAAGGAUAUUUAAUAGCUGAUGCAGUUAACAGACUGUUGUGACUGCAGAAAGACAUUGAUCUGCGGUCUUCUGAUUGACAGGCAGACACAACCCCUUCAUCUCAGCUUUCCAAAGCCUGUGUUUCACCUGAAAGGAUACUCCCCAAACUGUGAACGACAAACAUAUGUGAUCAUUUCGCUGCAUUUAUCAAGUUGCAAAGGCACCCCAGGACAGCAAACUGCUUUUAUACAUAAUGUGCUGACAAUGUAGUAGCACAUUUUUUUUAUAUGUAAAAUGCCAGAAGAAAAGUGAUGUUUUCCUCAUAAUGAGGUAUGUAUGUUGCAAUGGAGUAUAGUUAAUAUCACAUACUGUACACCUGUAUCAUAUUGUCUGUCUCUGUAAUGCUGUAUUGGUGUUGUGUAAUAUUGAUCAUUAUUAUUGAUAAUUGUAUAAAGUCCAUCUCUGUUUCCUCAAACAUCUGUUCUGUACACAUCAGGGAAAUGAACUACUCACUGUCUUCAAUAGGGAUUUUU